GCGUCGUCUCCUCCCAUAGCGUUGCUCUCUCGCCAGUAUGGCCGCCGUUCUGUAGCCGUUGGUGUGUGUGUGGAGAUAAAGAUUAUAGUUUUGCACUUUCAAACAAUGUCGGCCGUACUUUUCCUUAAAAAGUCGUUGAGCAAACUGCCACCGAGUGUCACUCGGCAGGUGGCCGGCUGUUGUUAUCACACCGAGAGAGGUGUUUACGGAUACCGACCCAAACUGAUUGAGAGCCACCACAAGUUAAGCGACCGCAUCGCAGCACUGAAUCAAGAUCAUGGUCUUGCCCGUCUGGUGGAGGCAUACAGAGCACAUGGACACAAGGCUGCUAAAAUUAACCCCUUACUACCCCAAAAGCCUGUUACCCACAGCGUCCCGGAGAUAAACAUGCUGACUGGCACCAUCACAGGACCACUCAACACCUCAGGUCUACGGCACUUUGGCAAAGCACAGGCUUCAGUGGAAGAGGUUCAGGCCUACCUGGAAGAAGCCUACUGUGGUCACCUGUCAGUGGAGACCAGCCAGCUGAGCAGCCUCGACGAGAGGGAGUGGUUUGCUGACCGCUUUGAGGAACUCAGGAAAAAGAAAUUUUCCCUGGAGGAGAGGAGGCAGCUGGCCAAGAUUAUGCUGGAAUCUCAGGAAUUUGACCACUUUUUGGCCACCAAGUUUGCUACCGUGAAACGUUAUGGAGGAGAAGGAGCAGAGAGCAUGAUGGCCUUCUUCUACGAGCUUUUCUUCCAGUUGGCCCACAGCGGAGUCACUGACAUUGUCAUCGGCAUGCCUCACAGAGGCCGACUUAACCUCCUGACAGGCCUGCUGAAGUUCCCACCAGAGCUCAUGUUCCGUAAGAUGCGUGGCCUCAGCGAGUACCCCGACACCUCGCCUGCCAUCGGUGAUGUUCUCUCCCACCUCACCUCUUCAGUGGAGCUGGAUUUUGGAGCUGGGCACCCUAUCCAUGUGACCAUGCUUCCCAACCCAUCUCACCUCGAGGCGAUCAACCCUGUGGCUCUUGGCAAAACCAGAGCCAGGCAGCAGCUCAGGAAGGAAGGAGACUAUUCACCUGAAGACAAUGCCCAGCCGGGGGACCAAGUCGUCUGUCUGCAGGUCCAUGGUGACGGCGCUUUCCCCGGCCAAGGAAUUGUUCCAGAAACGUUGACCCUUUCAAACCUCCCUCACUACAGAGUCGGUGGGAGCAUCCAUCUCAUUGUGAACAACCAAGUGGGUUACACCACUCCAUCCGAGAGAGCGAGAUCCUCUUUGUACUGUAGUGAUGUUGGUAAGAUGGUGAACUGUGCUGUGAUCCACGUAAACGGCGAUGACGCAGAGGAGGUGCUGCGGGCCACAAGGCUGGCUGUGGACUACCAGAGGCUUUUUAGGAAAGACGUCAUCGUUGACCUGAUCUGCUACCGUCAGUGGGGCCACAAUGAGCUGGACGAGCCUGGUUUCACCAACCCAGCCAUGUACAAGAUCAUCCGAUCCCGUAAGAGCGUCCCUGACUACUACUCAGACCAGCUGAUCUCUGAGGGUCUGAUGACCGAUGUCGAGCGUGACAUGAUCAAGUCCCAACACUACAGCAUGCUAAACGACAAGCUGUCUAACAUGACCCUGUACAGCCCUCCACCCACCAACCUGCAGGGCCGCUGGGGGGAUCUGGUGGAACCACAGGCCAGAGUCACCACCUGGGACACAGGUGUCCCCGUUCCCCUGCUGCAGUUUGUAGGAGCAAAAUCUGUGGACAUCCCUGAGCGAAUCCAACUGCACAGCCACCUUGGAAAGACCCAUACACAGGCCCGGUUAAACAAGUUAGAAGAAGGGACCAAACUGGACUGGUCCACAGCAGAGGCCUUGGCUUUUGGCUCUCUCCUCUGCCAAGGCUUUAAUAUUCGAAUCAGCGGACAGGAUGUUGGAAGAGGCACGUUCAGUCAACGACACGCCAUGGUGGUGUGUCAGGAGACUAAUGACAUGUACAUCCCUCUGAACCACAUCAGCCCGCAGCAGACUGGCUUCUUGGAGGUGUGUAACAGCCCACUGUCUGAGGAGGCGGUGCUUGGAUUUGAAUAUGGUAUGAGUAUCGCGCAGCCGAAGCUCCUUCCCAUCUGGGAGGCUCAGUUUGGAGAUUUCUUCAACGGAGCUCAGAUCAUCUUUGAUGCCUUUCUCACUGGAGGUGAAGCCAAGUGGCUCUUACAAAGUGGGAUGGUGAUCCUGUUGCCUCACGGCUAUGAUGGAGCCGGACCCGAACACUCAUCCUGUCGCAUGGAGCGCUUCCUCCAGAUGUGUGACAGUAGAGAAGAGGGUGUGGACGGUGACAACGUGAACAUGGCUGUGGUCAACCCAACCACUUCUGCUCAGUACUUCCACCUGCUGAGGAGACAGAUGAUCCGGAACUUCCGCAAACCUCUCAUUGUGGUUGGACCCAAGACACUGCUCAGAUUUUCUGGGGCAGCAUCCAGUCUGACUGCAAUGACACCAGGAACAUCUUUCAGACCAGUGUUGGGUGAUACUUCAGUCCCAGCUGAAAGUGUCCAGAAGGUGGUGCUGUGCUCAGGGAAACACUACUAUGCCCUCCUGAAACAGAGGGAGACGUCAGCAGCUAACCAAAACACAGCACUCAUCCGUGUGGAGGAGCUAUGUCCGUUCCCAAUGGACGCUCUGCAGCAGGAGCUAAAAAAAUACCCCAACGCCAAAGAGUUUAUUUGGAGUCAGGAAGAGCCCCAGAACAUGGGUCCCUGGUCUUUCGUAGCACCCAGGUUUGAGAAGCAGCUGGCCUGCAAGCUUCGAUUAGUGAGUCGACCUGCUCUGCCCGCCCCGGCUGUCGGUAUCGGGACUCUCCAUCAGCAGCAGCAGGAGGCCAUCCUCACUGCUACCUUCUCUUAAGACUCCACAAGACUGGGAACUAAAAUAACCAGUAAACUAGAACCACACUACAUGCUGGUAUAUGCUAUAGUCCUCCAAACCAUUGUCUCUAAAUGUGCUGAGAGGCAGGUACAUGGUAACCUUUUUAGACAAUGUGGCUGUUGCACUUAAA